AUGGCGGCCCCCGUUCUGCCAUUGCCGCAGGUGAAACUCCCCUCAGUACCUUCCACUCGUCUCACUUCGGAGCAGCUCUAUUGGCGCUCGUUCAGAACUCCUCUCCUCAUAUCAUCCCCGUCCAACACGCCAAUUCACCAUAUCUCACAGCCUCUUGCCUCUGCUUCCGCCUCCGCCGCUUCUCUCCAGCCACCUGAUAUCUUCACAGUCACAACCGGCGCCCGCGUCCAAUUAUACUCCGUCCGAACGCGAAAGCUUCUCAAGACGAUCACCCGGUUCGAUGACACUGCGAGAUCCUCAGAAGUCCGCCCCGAUGGUAGAAUCCUCGUGGCGGGUGACGAGACAGGCACAAUCCAGGUGUUUGAUGUGAACUCUCGGUCGAUUCUAAAAACAUGGCGGGAACAUAAGCAGCCGGUGUGGGUGACGAGGUUUUCGCCCAGCGAUCCAACGACCCUUCUCAGCGCCAGCGACGAUAGAACGGUGCGAUUGUGGGAUUUGCCGAGCGAAACCAGUGCUCAAACCUUCGUGGGCCACUCUGAUUAUGUCCGCAGCGGCUGUUUUAUGCCCGGUACGCAGUCCGCGAAUCUAAUGGUCUCCGGCAGUUACGAUCAAACGGUCAGAUUAUGGGACUCCAGAGUGGCAGGCCGUCAAGUUAUGACGUUUAAAAUGUCCGCGCCGGUAGAGAAUGUUCUUGCAAUGCCAUCUGGCACCACUGUUUUAGCUGCCGCGGAUAAUCAGGUUGCAGUGCUAGACGUUGUUGCCGGGAAACCACUACACCUGAUUAAGAACCACCAGAAGACCGUGACCUGUUUGUCAUUAGCCUCGCAAGGCGCGAGAGUUGUCACUGGUGCGUUAGAUGGUCAUAUAAAGAUGUUUGAAACCACCGGGUGGAAUGUAGUAGGUGGAUCCAAGUAUCCUUCUCCAAUCCUAUCCUUGGGAGUCAUCACCUCCGGUCCUCAGCGAGAGGACAAGCACAUCGCCGUGGGCAUGCAAUCGGGCGUUCUCUCCAUCCGCACCCGCCUCUCUGGCGAACAAAAGAUCCGCGAACGGGAACGGCAACGAGAAAUGCAAGCCAUCCUGGAGGGUAAAUUAGAGGAACACGAUCGCAAGGUCGCCAAGGAGCAGAAGAAACGGGGUCGUGGGUGGGAAAAGCGCUUUCGGGGAAUGGACUUUGUCGGUGAAGGUGUUGACAUUGUCAUCGAUUCCCAGGAGACUAAGAAGCGCAAGAAGGAAAAGGCCUGGGAACAUGAUCUUCGCAAAGGCCGUUAUGCAGCAUCUCUCGACCAGGUGCUCGCUGCCGGCAAUCAAAUCACAGUUGUUACACUUUUGACGGCGCUACGACACCGUGCAGCCCUCCGCACGGCGCUGUCGGGGAGAGAUGAAGUUACGUUGCAGCCAAUUUUGAAAUGGGUGCAUAAAUCGAUAUCAGACCCAAGGUUGGUGGAUCUAUGUGUCGAAGUUUCGAUGAACGUGCUCGAUUUGUACUCUGGGCAUCUGGGCCAAUCGGUGCAGAUUGAUCGGCUGAUCGACAAGCUUCGUCGGCGGGUGCAGGAAGAAGUCGAUCGGGCGCAGAAUGCAUGGCAGACGAAAGGGAUGCUGGAUAUGCUUAAAGUAUCUUGA